AUGAAUUUGUUCCUGUUGAAGUUAUUUGUUCUUUAUUGCGGUGUCAUGAAGGUUGUGAUCUUAAACUUGGCGGACUUCGCUACCGCUCAGGUGGACGAAACUUCAGGUAAGGAAGUUGCUACUUUUUAAAUUAAGUUUUAAAUUACAAGUCUACGUUUUUCUGGGAAAUCAGGCCGAUUUUUUUUGGGUCAACUUUGUUGACGUAAACAGCGUAGGAUUGCUUUGGAUUAUUUUAGGUGGUCUUAUCAUGUUUACAAGAAGUCGCUUUACUUAAAAAUGGCUUACAGCCAUUACAUACGAUAAGCAAAAUUGCAGUUACGUUACAAUAUGAUCCCACAUUAAAAGGCCAUUCACGCACAGUUUCCUUGUGCCUCAAUACCAUUUUGCUUGUUUAGUUUUUGUCAAACCAUGUCAGUAUUUUUUUCAAUCCUUUAAAAUCCCCUGGCGAAGUUAAUCGUAUUCUGAACAGACAAUUCUAUUUUCCUAAGAAAAAAUGAUGCGAUUUUAAAUCUGAAAAUUCGAUGUUCAUGACUGGGGCUAUGUAUUUCUUUUUCUUUUUUUCUUUUUAUCUAACUUUCAUGCAGCAAUCAUUUUAUAAAAUUAGUAGACAUCUUUCAAGCGCCUUGAAAUACGUUCGACACUUCAAGCGUGAAAAUUGUCUGCAAACUAGGUUGUCUUUAAUAUUUAAUGAUAUAAAAACAUCGCAGUUACUAACAUAUAGCGUGCCAGAAAUGUAGACAAGUUACAAAUGACUAUGGCAACAAAUUGAUUUCAUGAGAGGUGUGUUGGUUUGGAUUCAAGAACUAGAAAUUUAGAAACACUAUAACAUCCUGAUAACUCAAUUUUCCUUAGAAAAUGAGGCCUCUUUUUUUUUAGUUUUGCCCGUGGGUUUGUUUUAAUGAAUGCCGCUACUCCACUGGCGGGCUUUAUUAAAUAAAACCUCCAUGAUUUAUUUCGAUCUGAGAAAAAAAACAAUUAGGAAAAGUACAUGUCUUUCGUGAAAGAAAUUUUAUUCCAAAAAUUAGCUUUAACUUAUAUAGAUAGCAUUUGAAACGUAACAGCAGAUAGAGUUCCGUUGUUAGUCAUUCUUUCGGGAUCUAACUGUUCGCGCAUCAUAAUUCGAGCGAUAUUGAAAAUUAUGAUGGUCGCAGUUGACUAUGAAAUAAAUGUCUGUAUUCGAAUUCUCGCUUGGAGGAAUAUGCGACAUUCAAGUAACAAACACUUGGAGAAAAAAUUGGGUCAAAUGAUCAAUUACCUUUGUGUCAGAUUUUUCAUCUCGGUUACUCCUGAGGUAUAUUUUGGCUAGUUUCGUGGUCAACAGCGAAUCAUCGCUUUACCGCGGGAAAUCUGGAAUACAUUUAUAACUCUAUUUUAGGUUAUGAAGGAAAUUAUAUACUUCGACUGAAAAGGAAACCAGUCAGAGUGUACGACAAAACUGUGAGUUGUUCAAAUCUGUCAUUUACAUCUGCUUUGGGAAGCUUUUGCUCUCUGACGAAUGUAAAACUCGCAAUAAACGCCAUUUUUACUGACGUUGAAAGCAGUUUUUUAAAUGUCCGGCUGUUUGGUUGCCCUUCGCGUUACAAACUGGUCAUGCCUUUACAAGGGAAAUAUAUAUGGCUUACAAAAGUACUUUUAUCUUUAUUCAAAAUCAUACAUCAUUCUAUCAAGAAAACAUUUUUCAACCUUUUAAAAAUUAAAUAGAAAAAAUCUUUAAAAUUACUUUAAAUGCAUAUCCGCGACUGCCUUAAAAUAGAAUCUGUUUUGACUAUAUUCCUUUUAUAUCGGUAAGCAGCUUUAUUUGAAUCAAGUGACAUUUUUAAAAGAAAUACGUAAGGUCUUGCCAUAAAACGGCUCUGUUCACGAAAUCUAUUAGCAAAAUUGCUUUCGUAUAGUGAGAUAGGAGGUCAUUUAUCUGAACGAUGGGGAGAAAACUAUAGCUUUCCGUAACUUUCGCAUGACCUUGGUUUUUUGCGCUUUAAUACGCGGUUUGAAUUUAUUUAACAUACAUAUUAGAAACUCGUCAUCAACAUAAACGACGUUAAAUUUAGACGUUUGAUAUGGAGUAGCCUUACUUCAGUUUUGCUUUCGUGAAACAGCGGGGAUAAAUACAAAUUAGUUUUUGUUAUACACAUUUCACACGUGGGAAUAAUAUUAAAACCGUCCGUGUUCUUGUUAAACCUUUUAAUUCUCUGCAUGGAAGAAAAUUAAGGUCGACGCUCAAAUAUUCGUUUUUACUAUGAACACCUUUCAGUCGGAAACUCAUAUCGUCAAAAACGUCGGCUUUUUACAAAAUUUCAUUAUUUAACAUCCACGAAGACAAAUUCUAAUGUAAAAAUGUUCCUUCUGGCGCCGCGUGGCUUUUAAGUGUUAACUGAAAAAUAAUUGAGUUUGUUUCAACAUUUUUCGAAUAUGCUAAAAUUGAGAUUGAUCUGUUAGCGUUAAUUCUUUGAAAUAGUUUUCAAGGUGUUGUUAUGUAAUCUGAUAAAACUAAAAACGCAAUGGCUUGUAUUUGCUUUUUAAGGAUUUAAAUGGCAAAUGGCGCAGUAUUUGAGUUGACAUACACAGGUUUUAUUGGUACUAAAAACUGAGUUAUUAAACAUAUCGAUUUCCUAUAAGAAGUUGUAUAAUUUAUGUUUUUCGCACGCUUAUUUUGGUCAAAUUUCUUUGGAAUUUUCUUUUCGUAGAACCUAGCUAGUAAGAUAUAAAUUCAAUGUUUAACAACGAUAGAAGUGAAGUCUCAGUAGUAAAUUCUCUUGCUGUACGCGCAGGUCGUAUUCACGAUUUCCAGCGCGAUAAGAGAGAUAAAAAUUGUGCAAUUUUCCAGGUAAACAAGGCAUUGUUUUAACCCUGCCAACAUACGUAUAGUUUAAUUGUCGCCUCCUUUAUUCACCAAGCUCUCGUCUAGAACAUUUUCCAAUUUUAACGGAACAAAAUAUCCCCCUUGCGACCUAAUGUCAAAGAAAAAGGGAGUUUGCCGACUUCUGGUUCCUUCUGGUUCAAAUCAGAAGAACCGGUUUUUGAACUAAAUAGCUGAGUACUGGUGGAAAGGGGUUUUACUCUUCAGCAAGACUACCCGGAUAAGAAAAAAGAACAAAAGGUGUCAGUUUCUUGAGUCAGGAAAAAUCAGUAUAAUUUUGUUCCAUCUUAUAUAUUAUAAAGCGAAUGAGCAAUUUUUGGAGCUCAAACGAGGCCUUAACUUCACGGUUUGAUAUGGACACUGAAUAUGGUUGAGUUCGAUUUGGAAAUCCGGUUUCGGAUUUUGCAAUCGAACGCGAAAUCCGAAAACAGAUUUCACCUUCGAGAAAUCAGUCCUCAGGGUGGAUUUCAUUAACAAAUCCAAAUCCGGAUCUCAUGGAUUUCCUUUUUACCGUUUGAUUGGGAAAUCCGUAAAAGGAUUUGCAAAACUGUUCUCGUGAACAGUGGUCUUGUUUUUGCUAAUUAUGCGUGCGCGUGCGAGAACGCUGUUCUUAAGGGCAGUUUUUCAAAUUCUUUUUCAGAUUUCCCAAUCUAACGGUAAAAGAAAAUCCAAAAACUGAUAUCUCAGCCUUGAAAUCUGGUUUUGGAUGUCGCGUUCGAUUGCAAAUCCGAAAUCCGGAUUUUAAAAUCUAAAUCCAGUUUUUCCGAUCGCACCCCGGCACCCUAUAUCGAAAAGACAUGGGACAAUAUACCAUCGUAUAACCUGGCAUUUCAUCAGUUUAUAAAAACACCAUCUUUGCUGACUUUUGCAAAGAAAAUUACCUCAGAAAAAAGAUAUAAUGCCACAGUACGACGACGACGACGAGACGCGACGACGCGAGACACGAGACGCGACGCCUGCAUACGGUCUCGUCAUGGGCACAAUAGUCUCUUACGCUAAAAUAAAAUUAAAUACUCGUGGAGAAACGGAAAUAAGUUUCAAAUUGCUCAGAUUUCGACAGAUUUAUGUCAGUAUAUGAAAGUCAAACAGAGGCGAAAUAAGGUCAAUAGAUGAAGAGAAUUCUAUGAUACGGGAAGGAAAUAUUCCAUUGCUAAGAUAGUGCACUGCAAGUGGAAAGUUGAAACUUUCUGUCUUAAACUUUGUAUUUAUCUCUGCAAGUAUACGUAGAACACUCCAUACGCAGAGCACUCCUGCUCUGUGAUAAGUGAUAAGUGAAGCAGUCUGCGUUGUGUAUUCUCUUUUAUUAUUUAUGCAAAAUAUUUUGCCGUUUCUGAUUGGCUCAAAUCCCCCGGCUAAUUCUUCAUAACUAACCGGCGCGUUGAUCAAAUUUGGACGAAGAGAGCAAUAUAUCAUUCAUUCGUGGAAACGAGAUUGAUCGAUUGAUGGUAUAUUUGCCUGGAAAAAGGCUAACGGUGAAGUAAAAAGUGGCUGAGUUAAAGUAGCUGAAUUUCUGACUUAAACUGAAGUGAAAAAAUGCAAGAAUAGGCAGAAAAUAUUGGUCGAUGAAUGUUAAAAUUUUAAAGUACGUCCUUUGGGGCUAAGCUUGUUAAGAACUUAGAAAUAUUUUGAACGAAUAAUAAAAUAAUUAUUGAAUUCGACUGUCGAACGAUGUAAAGAUUUACGCUGAUCUCUCGGAGGCGUAUCCCCCCCGCAGACGUCCUUUUUGCGUGACAAACGAACCGCAAAGGACGUCUCUGGGGAGGCUAUCGGAGGCGGUUUUCCACCUCAGCCAUAACAUUCUCUUAGAUCUGCAUAAUUCUUCACGUCAUACUCAGCCUCAUUCAAUAAUUUAUAAAAUGUGUAUUCUGUUACAUCUCAUAUACAUAAUAUAUUUCUGAGGAAGCAAUUUUUUUGUAAACGCUAAUACAGGUUUUUAGAAUAUUCGAGAAAUACUCAACACUUUAUUCAGUUUACAUUCCUAACUACAAGACAAAAAUGUUUGUUGAUAUUCUGGUCCUUGUGCUUUACAGAAUACAACACUGGAAAUGAAACCCACGAACGACGAUUGCUAAAUCAGAUCAUAUAUGAUAACAAGAAUCGCCGCCUUUUUCGACCGGUCAUGGAUCGCUCAAAACCAAUAAUCGUCGGGUUCAGUGCGGAGUUAAUUGGCGUAGCUAAAGUGGUGAGACUAUAACAUAAGACAAACAAUACAUUUGAGUAGCCUGCGAAUACAGCCGUUUCUCCUUGCUCCUCCCCGCUAAGGACGUUUCGAUAGGAGGAACUUCUGCGACUAAUUGACAGAAAUUCCAUACUGAUGACGUGAAAUCUGUCUGAAUCUGGUUAGGAGCUCUGAUUGGUCGUCAUAGCAGUUAUAUUGUUUAAGCUAUUGUUUACGAAUGCAGAUAAAAGGCUACAAAUGUCAAAUGUAAACGUGAUCCCAUGACUACCUGAUUUAUUAUGCAAACAUUGAUUUACGUCAUGCAGUAUGACAUUUCUGUCGGUGAGUCAGUCGCAGACGUUCCUCCUGGCGAAACGUCCCUUGUGACGAGGAGCAAGGAGCAAUGGCUUUAUUCGCAGGCUAGUGUAUAGAGUAAACAGAUAUGACUUUCGUUACAUGGACGUUCGAUUGUUUUUAGUCUCUCAUUAAUUAAGAGGAUUAUACUCCACUUGGAACAACAGUUAACUCUCUCUGAGACAGGCACUAAUUAGCGUCAGUGUGAGAGAAAUGUCCGUCUUAGAGAGAGUCAAAUAUGGGGAGUAAAAAAAGGCAAGGAUCAACUCUAGUUGCCCGUUUUACAGAGCCCGGUGUCCGUUUUAUACAGGUGUCGAUCCGUAAAGAGAGAGUCGACUGUAUUGGUUGGACAGUUUGAAAUAAGUCAUGCCACGAGGGGCAUAUUCUUUCAGAAAGAAAAAAGGUCCCUCUUUUGUAUAUACCGCUUUAUUUAAAUAUAUCAAGAAUGCAACUAGUACGUGGUCUGUAAACUUCCUGCUAUUUUCCUCACUUUACUUAUGGACAAACGUUAGAAUUGGCCAGCCUCCUCACAGUACAAUGCUCUGACUGAUACGGUAUGGGCUGAGUAUUAUGGCAGAAUACUUUUAAUUUCAUUACUCGACUAAUUGGGUUAUUUUGUUACAUUUUAUAGGAUGAAAAAGAACAGUUGAUCAAGACGCAUUUUUGGGUCCGCCAGGUAUUGAAAUUGUUCUUAAUUCAGUCUAAAUGUAUUUCGGUUUCGUUCUGGUCUUCAAUUGUUCCAAUUUAAAAAUUGUGUUUUUUUUUAUCAUCAGCAUCAGUCAUCAUUAUCUUUCUUAAUCAUUACCGUUAUUAUCAUUAUUUUUUUUAUAGCUAAUAGACGCCUUCACGCUUUUAACAUGUCUGUACAGCCAACUUUGAUUUCUUAGCACAGAUCAAGGAGGUCGGAUACCUCAUGAACCCUACACACAUUAAGAAAACCCUGUCUUAACUUUCAGUUAAAGUCUUGAGGGAAAGUGAAGAAAGUGGAAAUUUUAAAGCGUCUGAAUGGAGUCAGGGAGGCUUCAGGGAAUCCGGCUUACUACUCUUACUUACCGUAAAUCCUCUAUUAACCCUCCCCCCCCCCCCCCCCCCCCCCCCCAAAAAACCCCCCUUUUUAGGGAAAAAAAAUAUAAAAACCCCCCCCCCCUUUUUCCCCCCCCCCCUGUCCCCCCCCCCUGAACAUCUUUGCUUGUAAAAUGGGCAAGCUUCUUAAAAUUUAGUAUACUCUCACCUGAAAAUUUGCGGUUUUUUUUAAAAAAAACUAAGGGGGGCGAGAACCCACAAAACCCCAACACCAUAAAAAAAACCCUUUUUAUAAUUUUAAUAAAAAGUUUUGGGGAAAAGAGAAAAAGGGGAAAUUUUAAAGGGCUGUAAGGGGGGAGGGGGGGGUUUGGGGAACCGCGGUUUUAUUCUUUUUUUCCCCAAAAACCCUUUUUACCCCCCCCCCCCCCCCCCCACCGCCCUCUCAAUAAGCCCCUCUUUUAAGGGAAAGAAAGUUAAUAAGCUCCCCUUCUCUUUUACGCCCCCCUCUGAUCCCCUCCCCUUGAAAUUCUUUGCUAGUAAACUGGUAGACUUUAUUAAUCAUUGACAAUCUCGACUGUAAAACUUCGGUGGACUGAUCCGGGAUGGUUUAUUCACCAACUGGAAGUUUGGAUUUGUUUUUGAUCCUCGGCUGCUUGACCUACAACUUCUUGUACUUGAGCUUUUCCAUUUUGUGUUUUUGUUCUUUAUAGUAAAUUAUUUCGUUUAGCCUUUUGACUAACUUGUCUCCCCUUCUUCUUAAUUUCUUUACUAAAUAAGCUUUUAUUGGCUCCUUAAAAGGCAAUAUUGAAUACUGUCAUGAACUGUCCAACCUCCUUUUGAGCUAGAGAAUUUAGACUCUACAUGUCUCUUUAUUGCAGGAUUGGUUUAAUCCUUACAUGACAUGGAAACCAGGGGAUUUUGGUGGUAUCAAGGAGGUUCAUGUUCCUCCUGACAUGCUUUGGGUACCUGAUAUCAUUCUUUACAACAAGUAAGUUUUUUUUAAACUUUUUCCACUUCUGCAAUCAGUUCGUUGCCGUGAAUUUUACUUGUUUUGGUUCUUUAGUGCCCUCACUUGCUCUUACUAAGUUUCCCAGCGCUACUGGAAUGCCAUGUUAUAGCACAGUUAAACCUUGUUCUUUAACCCUGAAAAUACUUAAGUUGAGUUAUUCAAAAGUAUUUUUCCAUCAUUCAGUUGACUUGUGCUAAACUAUCAAUGUAUUCAGCGUUGAGUGUUAAUUACGAUUAUUCAUGCUAAUUGACCAUGAAAAGAAGGAUAAAAUUGUGCUCCUCUCAAAAAAGGAUUAAAAACAGUCUGAUUAAGGCUCUGUUUCAGUAAAUUCCGGUCACUUAGAACUCUUCAUCUGUUUUCUAGUGGUUUUGUCCUGAAAGUGCUUUUUUGUUUCCUGUCUCUCCUCCGCAAAGGCUCCCGCGAGGUAUUCCAAUAAAAUUAGCAGUAAUAUUUAAAAAAGGCAAGCACCCGCUGGACGAUGGAAAGAGCGGGAAAAAUAGGGUUAGCAGGAGCCCUUAGCGGGCGGCUUGCCCUCUUUUCCCUACCUAUCGACCCUCGCGCACUUUAUUUUUUCCCUCUUGGCUUGGUACACUUUGGUACGUAAACACUCGCUGCGAAGCAAAAUGGACCAGUCAGAGAGCCGCUUUGAAACAAUGCCUAACAACUGCUGUUCCCAGUCUCCCAAGGAUACAAAGAGGCCUCUGCGGAUUAUAGGGAGUGGUUUCCCUUUGAAAGGCUAAUAUUGGAGGCCUUCCUAUUAAGACAAGUAUUUGAGAAACUUUUCAAUGCUUUUCCUUCUCUCACUACAGUGCCGAUGAUCGCCUCGUGUUAAAAGCCUCGUCUGGUUAUUUAACUAAUGUUAAAGUACGUCACAAUGGUAACCAAACAUGGCGGGCUCAUAUCAUCUACAAGAGCAUGUGCAAUAUCAACGUCAAGUAUUUCCCGUUUGAUGAGCAGAUAUGUAAAUUAGUAUUCGCCUCUUGGUCACAAGACGUCAGUGUCCUUGACUUGAGAGCGAGGCGCGUUGCUAAGAAAGAAGAAGGGUCAGACGUGUUCCAGGAAAACGAGGAAUGGACCGUCGAGUGGAUCAAUAUUGAGCGUAGCGAGGUUUGUACAUGUUCACAUUCAAAUAUAUCGUAUGGCAUUGGCUGGCUUAGCCUGUAUGGGAGUUUAAAGGGCGAAUCAGUUACGUCACGUUGCCAUGGUAACGAAAUUUUUGGAGCGCAACAAAACUUCAAACUUCAUUGCUUUUAUUUAACUUCAUGCAAUUCGUCAAGGGUUGACGAAAUUUUCUGGGUUUGAAUCCGAAAGAAGAACUGUAUCUAAGUUUAGAAAAAGGAAAUUGCUUGUAUUCAUGAACUCCCCUGAGCGGACGCUUGAAAUUAGGAAGUUUCAUGUCGUAGUCGUGCAAUGACGGCUAAGAGAUGUACAAAAAAGCGUGAUGCACGUGCAAAGUAGUAUUUUGCUAAUGGAAACCUCUGCCGUUCUCGUUCCCUAUUGUUGUUAACCAGAAAUUUUGCCGCCAAGGUAACGUGACUUCACACUUCUCCCUCUAUUGAGCUAAGUUGUGCAACUACCAGAUUUACUUGAAUAAACACUGCAGCGCUUAGUAAAAAGUCUUAGCGUCUCUGAUGAUGCGGCUUUUAUUUUUAAACUCUUUGAUGUUGACAAUUACGUCAAAUCAUUUGUAAAUAUUGUGAAAAACAGAAAGGUGCUGAAAGUUCCAAAGUCUCCCCCUUUCUGCUAAUAUACUUGUAUUGUAGAUUACCAAGUUGUGACGAGUUUAUUUUUUUGCCAUAACCCUCGAAUAAACGCUGCAUAUCAUUGCUUCGAUAAGGCGUUCAUCCGAGGGCGGAAGUUAAUUGAGUAACGUUAAAUAAAGCUCAGGGUUGGCGAGAGAGGGAGAAGGAAAGAUUCCCUUCGCCCCCUUAAUUUCGUGUCCAUCGCGUGUGCGCGCGCCUUUAUUUCCUUCCGAUAAACGCCUGCCACGCAGGCCAUAAAUUGCUAAAACAGAGUUUGAAAUUAAACACUUACAUUAUCACCGUUAGGGUAGUAUCUUAAGUGAUCAAGUAAGGCCCAUGAUCUAGGCUUCCUAAACACGAUACUUUAAUAAAAAAAAAAACAGAACAGUACUUUAAUAAUCACAGUAUUUAAAGUUGACGUCAGAUACAGUAGAACCUCGAUAACUCGAACGUGGAUAACUAGUGCUCGAAUUCCCCGCUAACUCGAACUACAUUUCCUUUCCCUUGAUCAAAAUUUUACUGAAAAUGACCCUGGUAACUCGAAUUCUACGCUAUCUCGAACUGUUUUUCGUUUCCCCUCAGAGUACAGUUCGAGUUACUGGGGUUCUACUGUAUUUCUCUAUUGUGCUUAAGUUUAAUUUGGUACAUUGCCACUUGCAAACAGUUCAUUCGUAAUUUCGCUUUUAUCUUCUUGUUAGUGUGCCGAGCCUAAAAUUUCAUGAAAAAAUUUCCGCUGAAGAUUGAGCGUGCAAACAUCUUCAUACCUAAGGUAGUACUUUUUCAGAUUGUAUCGAUUUUUCUGACCUGUACUGUUUUCAAUUUUCCUUUUAUUGUAGAAGGAAAAUGACUGUUGUGAUUUACCCGUGGCGGAAUUAACCGUAUCCAUGCUUCUCCAGAGACGCACGUAUUAUUACGUCAUGAGCCUUAUCUUGCCUUGCACACUCAUUGCUUGUACCAUUUUCUUGGAGUUCAUUCUUCCAGCAGAGUCAGGCGAACGAGUAGGCCUGGGCAUAACUAUUUUGCUCUCGAUGGCUGUAUUUCAAGAACUUACGUCAGAGAAGUUGCCUUCAAGCUCCGAGCAUUUUCCUCUGUUAGGUAAGUGUCCUGUAAUGCUUACAUAAAAUUCGUGCGCACUUUUUGGCACGGCGCUAUUUUUCUUCCGUAUUUGGUGAACUCCCUUCUGCCGAAGGCCAAGAGUUUGUGUUUGAAGAAUAUCUGCAAGACUAAGCAUCCCUUGAUAUUCCUGAAUUUUUCGAGGAACAGGCCAAUGGAGACGGGAACUUAACUUUUAUUUAGUUUGUUUUAAAAGUAUGAAUUAUUUCCAAUUAAAAAUUAUUACUGAGAUUCUGCUGUCGAAUGAUCUCCAUAAUUCUUCAGUACAUGCUCAGCUUCAUCCAACUUCAACUUCACGUUAUCCGAAAGGCUGUUUCUGAAUAAUCAGGACAUUAAACUUAAGGUCCCGGAGCUUAAUUAAAGGAGGUUUUCAUCUUAAGACACAAAGAGCCCUGUUUGGGCGAUCACACAACCAAUAGGAAGUGAUAGAUGACCGUAGAUUAUUCCAAAUUUAUUUUGGCGACAAGUCGUUCGGUGCAAAUGCGAAGCCGAAAGGGCGAUGGGACAUAAUUUGCCUACAGAAGAAGAGCGUCAUUAUUCGAUAGGGGCGUUAAUUCGAGAGGGCAUUUAGUAUUGAUUUUCGGUAUUCUAAUAAUCCCUAAUACGUUAUUCUUUCCUUAUAGCCAUGUACUACUCAGUUUCAAUCAUGGAAAUAGGAACGGCCCUAGGAGCCACUUGUAUCAUACUCAACUUUCAUCACCGUAACACUAAGAUGCCGAACUGGUUUCACAAGAUCGUUCUUGAGUGGCUGGCAAAGCUGGUCUGGUAUAAACCCCGUUACCUCCACUGUCACCUCACCUCCGAAUCAGAAGAUGAAACUGUACAAACAAAGCUUCAAACCAACUCAGGCUCUGAGAGAAAACGAAACGACGCUUUCGACCUCGACAGGGAAUCUAUCGAGUUUGAGAUGGACCUUUUUGAUGAAUCUCGCGGGGGACGCGAUCAGGUGCCCUUGGCUCAAAAUGGGAACCUUUCUGUUCCGGCGAAUAACGGUACUAGGAAACGCUCUAUUAGACGGAAAACGCAAGACACUGAGACCGAGACAAGUGAAGUGCAGUUUCCUGAAACAAGGUUUCCGUUUUAUGACGUUAACAAAGAAGAAAUCUAUAAGAAACAGUGGCAGGAUGCAGCGAGAAUUUUAGAUCGAUUUUUGCUUGUGGCCUCCUUUGUUAUCGGUUCCAUCUCAGCUAUGAGUAUUUUCUUGCAGUCUCCGCGAAUAAGAGGACUGUUUAUUCCCUGA